UCGUUGACGACACGACCUUCAAGCACCACCCACCACCCACCACCCCCCACCAACUCCAUCAUCGGCCAUGUCCGGUGGACAGAAGACAGUGAGCGAGGAGAUGGAGGGCCUGUUGGCGCAGACGCAGAUCGAAGAUGAGGAGGUGAAGGACUUGAUUCGGGCCAUCGCCAACAACACGUCUGAGCCACGCGCAAACCAUGGUGGAAUGCGCGCACUUGCAGUGGCUGUCAAGGACAACACCACCGUCACAAGACUCGACCUGAGCAGCAACCACAUCAGCCCCGAGGGCGCUGCGGCGUUGGCACAAGGGCUGAAGCACAAUGCGACCAUCGCGCGGCUCAACUUGCACUGGAACUCUCUCGCUGUACCCUCUGCAAGUGACAACGGCGUGCUCCAUGUCACCAAGACGCGGCUGUGGGUGGACGAACAGCUGCUGUCGCUGCUGUCGCCCGAUGACUUGGUCGCCCAACUGCACCCGCGCUUGGAGCGGCGCGACCUGGUUGCACUCGUGGACGCCAACAACCUGGAGCCGGGCCUCGACUUCAAGCUGUCGUUUAUGACGGCCAUUGGGCUGAGCCUGGUGGCCUGUCAGAUGAGGCAGCUGCACCACAGCGACUACUGCGAUGACGUGCUGCUGAAGUGGAUAACGAUGCUGGCGCUGCGCGAGUUUGCUGUCGUGAGAAGCAAACAAGUGCUGUUCGCGCAUCGUGCCACCAUGGUGUUCACGCAUAGGCCCUUCAUCCCUUUUCGUGUCCGCUGCACUUGAUGUGUGCUUGAUUGUGUAUGCUUCCCUCCUCCCCCUUUAGUGUGUCUCGAGCAUCCCUCACUUACCUGGAGUGGAAACACG